AUGUCGACAGCCUCAAGUGGCGACCAACUGCUCGAAGCAGAGCUUAAAGCUGAGCUGGCCCAAAACUACGCUAUAGUCGCAAUGACUGCGUUGGUUGUCUACGAUUAUUUGCUAAGCCUUGGCUCGGAAAUCAAAUUCGUAUGGGCAAGGAAGCUCUCGUUUAUGAGUAUCAUAUAUGGCGUGCUGCGGUACCUCGGCUUUAUAUGGAUAAUGUCUCUUCUGGUUGGCGGUCUGAACGUCCCACUUUCAAAUGAGCCGGAGAUGGGAUGUCGAGCUCCUCAGGCUCCAAAGAAUCGGCCAGACCGGUCGCAGGAGCUCGAGACGCCUGGGGAUCAGCCCAACAAGCAAGAAGCUCAAUGGUUCGAAAGCAGUGUCCGCAUGUCCUUCAUCUAUUUCCAAGGAAGAGCCCUCUUCGCCUUCAUUACCCUCGAGUAA